AUGUCUCAGCUUCUCACCCGUCUCUCUAAGCUCUCUUCCCGGAACAACAAUGUUUGCAUCCGCAAGUGCGUUCGUUUGUUCUCAAGCGGCCCGUACUUGACACUUGGUACUAGGGUUCAAAAAGUUUUACCGAGCGGCAGCAAAACUGGAGAUGUUCUCUUGUUUGACCCGGUCAAAGAACAGACAGUACGCUCAUGGCUCCUACUCAUCGGUGUUAAAUGGAAUUGA